GCCAUUUGCUCCCGUGCUAUCACCUCCGAUGGAUUAUUCUAGUUGGAGGCACAAUACGAAGUCCUCAAGCUCCGGUGUGGAAAAAAGGCAUGAAACUCGUGGAUCCAAGGUAAGCCUCCGGGUUCGCCAUUGACAGACCGUGAAAGAAGUUGGAAUUCUGAGAGCUGCCGCAAAAAAGGAACACAGCGUCACAGCCAAAUGAUGCGUUGGGACGGGGGACUUGGCGCAUCUUGUUAUUACCACCGGAGGCAACUACCAAGCACCGCCCGGGCCACUGCAUGCUCCGUAGACCCGUAGGGGUGCAUAUUCGAAUUAUUGCUGGAGCUUGUUCAAACUACCUUCAGUAUGGGCUAUCAGCUAUGGCACUUGUGAACAUGGGUAAGUGUCCAUCUCCACCUCAACCCUUCCAUUCCCAAGAAUCGGCUUCGACAGCUGCAGCAGCACUUGUUUGCCAUGCCGAAUCAUCAGCUUCCCACUUGGCAGGAUAUUCGCUGGGGGGCGGAGGGGGCGGAGGGGGCGGAGUGGCGAACAUUGUCUGGCAGGAGUGUAUCACAUCUUCUCCCUGCAUAUUGGGUUGGCAAAUUAUUUGCGGGAGAGGUGGGAGUGGCGAACAUCACAGGAACAUCACAGGAUAUGGAUCGCAAGUUCGAACUGGCACGCAUUCGCGAUUCAUUAUCUUAUUUAAGAACGCCAGGAACCCUGUCUCCUUAACGUACUCCAGGCCACCAGUGUCUCUGAAUUGUUUCCCAUCUCCCAAUUCAAUCCCGAGAACAAGUCCCCUAUGAUUCAGGAGUCCGUUACCCUCAUAUCUUCUGCUUUAAUUCUAAAAUAUUAUAUCGAGCAUCCCUUCCCAGUUCCCAUUACUACCGUGCAGUCGA